CCCACCCAUAGUCCGCUGCACGGACUCGGCACACUCUAGUGUGUAGUAAGAAAUACCAAGCGAGGGGCUAACAUUCGCGCCCAACAUAUAAACGUAGUAGCUUGACUUGGACUUAAAACAUCCAAAAAGGCUUUCAGCUAACAAAUUCCUCACCUUCAAACUUUUUCCAGAAUUUGAAUUCAAUCAAUCGCUAAGCAAUGAAACGAAACAAGCAGAUGAAAGUGUAUCGUCAAGAAGAGUCCCAGUCCUCCAAUGCCUAUGUGCAGAUUUUAGGAACUGGUAUGGAUACUCAUGACACACUGCCUUCAAUUCUGCUCUUCUUUGAUAAUUUUCGGAUUAUAUUUAAUGCUGGAGAGGGAUUACAACGAUUCUGUGCGGAGCAUAAGAUUAAGCUAUCAAAGAUAGAUUAUAUAUGUCUUUCUCGUGUUUGCUCAGAGACAGUUGGUGGACUUCCAGGGCUGCUUCUAACUUUGGCUGGCAUUGGAGAAGGACAUUCUGUCAAGCUACGGGGUCCAUCAAAUCUCAAACCAUUGGUUCAUGCACUCAAGUCCUUCAUUCCACAUGCUUCUAUCUGUGCGGACAGGUUUGGAGUCAAUCUGUCUUCAGAUGCUCAAUCUCCUACUGCUUCAAGCCUGCCUGAAGGUCCUUUCUUUGUUUGUGGAAGUGCAGCUGUCAAAGUUUCAGCAGUUCUCUUACAACCAUGUACUUCUGAAGAUUCCUCCCUAAAACCUAGUGAUGUGUCUGUUGUCUACAUCUGUGAGUUGGCCGAAAUUAAAGGGAAGUUCCACAAUGAGAAAGCUGAAGCCCUUGGUCUAAACCCUGGACCCAAGCGCAGAGAACUUAAAAACGGGAAAUCUGUCAAGUCAGAUCGCUUAGAUAUCAUGGUUCACCCCAGUGAUGUGAUAGACCCUUCAAUCCAAGGCCCUGUUGUACUCAUAGUUGACUGCCCAACUGAAUCUCAUGCAGGAAAGCUAUUUAUCAGCCAAUCUCUUGGUAAAUACUAUGCAAAUCAUUCAGGUGAAACACUUGAAACUGUGAAUUGUGUAGUCCAUCUUACUCCUGCUUCUGUUGUACAAACUAUAAAUUAUCAGAACUGGAUGAAGAAUUUUGGCUCAGUACAACAUGUUAUGGCUGGAUAUUCAAUGAAGAACAUGAAUAUACCGAUUCUAAAAUCUAGUGCUAGGAUCACAAACCAGCUAAGUUACCUGUGUCCUCAGUUUUUCCCAGCUCCUGCCUUACAGUCUCAUGAGCAUCAAAAUGCUGAAAUGGGCAUGGAGCCUAUUAAAUGGAUCUGUGACAGUGUAUUAGCAGAAAAUCUUCUCAAGUUCACUUUACUUCCUCACUCUCAACUAGGCUUGGAUAAAUCAAAUGUUCCGAAUUUGAUACCCUCUUCACAAGUCAUUAGUGAUUUACUGCUGGAGAGUCCAGAAAUUGUAGAAGCUGCCCGGCAAAUCAGCCAGUUCUGGUGUGAGCCCAUAGUCGUGGCCAAAAGGGAUCCCACUAAAGAUAGAGAAGGAUUGAUAGGAGAUCCUUCAUUGGAUCAAAGUCCUCUUCCUGGUUGUUUAGAGAAUAUAAGGAGAGAUGAUGCAGAAAUUGUGCUGCUAGGAACAUGCUCUUCCCAGCCAUCUAAAUAUCGCAAUGUUAGCUCUAUCUUUGUUAAUCUUUUCGCCAAAGGUAACUUGCUCUUAGAUUGUGGUGAAGGAACACUGGCUCAACUGAAAAGAAGAUAUGGCGUGGAUGGUGCUGCUGAUGCUGUAAAAAACAUAAGAUGCAUUUGGAUUUCACAUAUCCAUGCUGAUCAUCAUGCUGGUUUGGUGAGGAUACUUGCUCUGCGACGUGAUUUGUUGAAGGGAACCCCUCAUGAACCAUUACAUGUCAUUGGGCCCAAGUACCUUGAAUCAUUCCUGAAUAAAUACAAAGAUCUGGAAGAUAUAGAUAUGCAGUUCCUUGACUGCAGAAGCACCUCUGAAGCCUCAUGGAACACGUUCGAGCGUGGUCCUGUGUUGACAAAUUGCCAAACUUUUUCAUCUGAUUGCACGAAAGAUGAGCAUGUGAACGAUGAAAAUGAGGAGGGUGGAUGUUUGCAGAGGUGCUCUAAGAGACAGAAAACAAAUAUUUAUGUGGAUAAUUGUGUAGAUUAUGGUUUACAAAAGAGCUUGAGUGAAGUUUUGAAAGAAAUGGGGCUGGAAAGAUUGAUAAGUUUUCCUGUUGUGCAUUGUCCUGAGUCAUUUGGUGUUAUAUUGAAAGCAAGGGAAAGAGUCAACAAUGAUGGAGCUUUGAUUCCAGGGUGGAAGGUUGUCUACUCUGGUGAUACUAGGCCAUGCACUGAAGUAAUACAGGCAGCUGAAGCAGCGACUCUUCUUAUACACGAGGCGACUUUUGAAGAUGACCUUGUGGAGGAGGCAAUAGCCCGAAAUCACAGCACCUCUAAAGAAGCCAUGGAGGUGGGGAGCUCUGCUGGUGUAUAUCGCAUCAUUCUUACACACUUCAGCCAACGGUAUCCUAAAAUUCCUUCAAUUAGCAGUGAGAUCAACUUGGAAAAAGCUAGCAUUGCUUUUGAUCUCAUGAGUGUAAACUUGGCGGACUUGCCUAUACUCCCUCGCAUUCUUCCAUAUUUAAAAUUACUGUUUAAAGAUGAUAUUACUCAAACAUUAGAAUGUGAUGUAUAGUUGGUUGCAAAUUAGUUUCAUGAUCUUAUUUUGGAGAGGUUAAUGUACUAUGUACAAUGUACUUAGUACGUAGUAUGAUUCAACUAACUAGUAAUAGGGCAAGUAAGGGUGUCGAGGAAGAACAAUGACGUUGUAUUCUCAUUCUUGAAAUAAAAGGGGGUAUUGAUGAAAAUUGUUGAAA